GCUGAACCACAUUGAAACCUCGGGACGGAGACAUUUUUGCAGCACAGCCAUGUAUUAAUAAUUUUAAGACAAAUCGUGAAAUAUGUAAGCUCCGUAUACUUUUCCAAGCGCAUUUAUCAACAACAACAAAAAAAAAACCAUGCGCGGUACGGAAGGUGUUCACGACAGUGACGAGCGCGUUUGAGGCAGCGAUAUGAAAUCGCAUGAUGUGAGUUUUAAUAACAAAAACAUUAAAUACACAAAAACGCGAGGGGAGACGAGAUAGAGAACAGAAGGACAGAACUAGUCCUUUGGAGCAUUCACAGCUGAAGCUGCUUUUAUAUUCCCAUAAUCUUACAUCAAGUGUAAUAUAUGUACACUAUGGUAAAGACAGAGUUUGUUGAAGAGGAGAUUGAAGACAUGAGUGAUCCGGAACCAUCCAGAAUGAAACAUGAAGAUACUGAGGAGCAAACAGACUUGACAUACAUAAAAGAAGAAAGUGAAGAGAAGGAGGAGAAACAUCAGAAUCAGGAACCUUUCAGAACUGAAGAAACGUGUUCGGAGACUGAGAAGAAAACUCAAAGAACCGAGACCGAAAACCCCUUCACGUGUCCUCAGUGCGGAAAGAGUUUCACGCGGAGAGACGGCCUUAAAGAACACUUACGAAUUCACACGGGAGAGAAACCUUUCAGCUGCCAUCACUGCGGGAAGAGUUUCACGCGUAAAGAGAGCAUGAAGUAUCACCUGCGGAUUCACACCGGAGAGAAACCAUACACCUGCCAUCAGUGUGGAAGGAGCUUCACCUUCAAAAACAACCUCAAGGUUCACCUAAGAAUCCACUCCAGGGAGAAGCUGUUCAUCUGCACUCAGUGCGGAAAGGGUUUAACGUGUAAAAAAGGCCUUAAGGAUCACAUAAGAGUUCACACCGGAGAGAAGCCUUUUAAAUGCCAUCACUGCGCAAAGAGCUUUAAAUGGGCGCACAGUCUCAGUAAUCAUCUCCACUCUCAUUCUGGGGUGAAGCCGUUUAAUUGCGUUCACUGCGGAGAAGGUUUCACGUCAUCAUCCAUCCUGAAAAACCACCUGAAGGUUCACACGAAUGAGAGGCCGUACGUGUGCUCUCUGUGCGGAAAGAGCUUCAUAUGGCCGGGCAAUUUCAGAGAGCACCAGAAAAGACACAGCGGUGAGAGAGACCACGUGUGCUUUGAGUGCGGCAAGACCUUCACCACAGCCAAGCGACUGAAGGAGCACCAGAGGAUUCACACCGGAGAAAAACCCUACAAGUGCACGCACUGUGACAAGAGCUUCACUCAGUCUGGAUCGCUGAAGGUUCACGAGCGAGUUCACACUGGAGAGAAGCCGUAUCACUGCCCGUCAUGCGGGAGGAGCUUCUCGCAGCUAACCAAUCUUAUUACUCAUAUUAAAAAACAUUGCAAGAAAUCAUCGCACUCUUAAAAAUAAAGGGGCUUCACGAUGCCGUAGAAGAAGCUUUUUUUGUCUAAAUGGUUCCGUAAAGAACCUUUAAUCUUUCUGUUUCACAAAAAAAGGUUCUUCAGAUUAUAAAAAGGUGUUUUUAUAAGAACCUUUGACUGAAUGGUUCUUCUGUGGCAUCACUGUGAAGUUCUUUUAAGCACCUUUAUUUUUAAAGAGAGAAGGUUGUUUUCAUGUGCAACGGUGAAGUGUUUCUUAUGCUUAACAUGACAAAAAUACAGUAAAAAUUGUGAAAUUUUAUUAGAAUUUGAAAUAAUUCUGUUAAUAUAUUGUCAACUGUAAUUUAUUUCUGUGAUCAAAUCUGUAUUUUCAGCAUCAUUCCUCCAGUCUUCAGUGUCACAUGAUCUUCAGAAAUCAUUCUAAUAUGAUGAUUUGCUGCAUUUAUUUUUGAUCAAAUCAAUGCAGUCUUGGUGGAGACUGGAGGAGAUAUCUUUCUAAAAACAUUUAGAAAAUUCUUAAUUAUUCCAGACUGUAUUUUUGGAUGAACAAAAUGAUUUCCAUCACACCACGUUCUCUACUGUCAUUGCAGGCUUGAAUAGGGUUAUUAAUGUCAUUAAUUUAUUUGGCUCUGUCUUAAGGAGCGCCUGUCUUGUGUAUAAUGCGCUGACUGUACAUGAAGAAUAAAAAAGUCAAAUCUUGCAGAAUAUUGUAUCAAGUGACCUGCUACAUUUGAAUUCAUCAAAACAUAAAAUAAAUCAAUAUCAUGACAA